UCAAUGUCAAUAUUACUGACAAUUCUCAAAUAAGACGAGAUGAUAUCAUAUCUUUAGAAAAUGUUCAGAGAAUAGUUAUUCUUAUAAUACCAAAUUACGAUUGAAUAUGCAAUCAUGGCGGACCGGCUUCGUCAGAUGGCCCAGCGGCUGAAAGAUAAAGUACAUAUGGUACAAAUAAGUUCAAACAGCCGUGAAAAAGCUGACCAGUUGAUUACCAAGUAUGUUCCAGCUACUAAGAUGAAUGAAAUCGCAGAAAAAUUUAAAUAUACAAGUGUGUCUCAAAAAGUGCAAGAUCUAGUUUCAAAAUAUGAAAAGUUCACGGGAGUUGAAGAGAUAAUGGCUAUUCAGAAUACUGUUAUUGAAGCUCAGGAAAGAUUCAUUGAUGCACAAGAAAGGCGCAGAGAGCUUGGCAGGGAGCUGGCUUCUAUUGAAGCACGCUUAAAAGAGCUGCAUGCUGAAAUGCAGAAUACUAUGAAAGGAGAUGAAAAAUAUCUACAACUCUGCACAGAAGAACACAAGUUAAUCAUACAAGAGAGAGCACUGCGAACACUUUUUUCGGAUGCAGAAAGAGAGGAAAGGGAACUUUUCGCCACGAUGUCUGCAGCGGUGAAGCUAGGCCAUGAACGAGAGAGGGCACAUGCUGAACGUAACAAAUACUGGUACAUAGUCGCUUCUAUAUUUGGUACAGUGUUAGGUAUAGCUGGUUCAACAAUCAAUAACCGUUUAAAAAUGGCGGAGUUCCGUGACAUGAUGGAGCAACAGAUGGCGCGCAGUGCCAGCGUGCUCUACACCAUCGCGGGCGGCGGCAGCGCCAGCAAAGCCGAUAUCACUGAAGCUAUGAAAACUGAAUUCGCUUAUCAGGAACAACUUGCACAAAACCUACAACUUAUGCAAGAAAAUAUAAAUCAUCUAGUCAAUAAACAGUCAUCAUUAAUAGAACAUUUAAAUCAUCAAGAACAUGUUGUGGAAACUCAAAUAAAAGAACUAAAACGAUUGGUAGUCGCAGCGUCGCAGACCAGCGCCAAAUCGGAUGCGGAGCUCGCCAAAGCCCUAAACGCCGUUCACCACGAUCUAGACGAUGUCGAAAAAGAAAAAGAUGAUCUGCAUCAUAAAGUUAUAUUAGAACCGAAUCAAAUUUUUACUGGAAUUGGUAUAAUAAUAUGUGCUGCUGUUAUUUUCGGCAGUAUAAUGGGUCGCGUCAGCUGAGUAAUACAUGCAUAAUGGUUAAUUUGCUUGUCUACACUUUGAAUACUUAAUCUUUGCCUUCGAAUUUUAUCAGGUGGCAGCACAAUUUUAUACUGUCAAUACAAAAGUGUUUUAAGGAAUUACAGAAAUCAUUUUCAUUGUGAUAUGUGUUCAACAAAUAAACUUCUUUAUUAAUAACGUUAUAUAAUAAUUAGCUUAGAUUUUGAUCCAUCACGAAUAUUUUCGUGUCAGUUACAAGCACGUAUUCGUAACGUCGUCGACUAUGAGAUUUGUUGGUGUACGUUACGCCCGGUAGUGGCGCUAUACAAAACUAAUACAAAUUAUGUCGAAAUCGUUAAGAGAACGUUCUUAAGAAUGAGCCCUAAGUUUUUACGAGCAUUUUUGUUUGUAUCAAUAAAAAUAGGCUGAAUAUGUUAUUUGUUAGGCCUACUUAAUAUCUUUUUGUAUUAUAUCUUAAUAUUUU